AUGUCAGAUAUCCCGCCAGGCAGGACCAAACCCAAACCCGACAAGCGUGGGACACGGAAUUCUCUUUCCUGCGCCCAAUGUCGCCACAAACACAUUCGCUGCGACGGCCGUAAGCCCUUCUGCUCACGCUGUGCCAUAAAUGCAGUACAAUGUACUUAUCCUGUAUCACGGCGACGUGGAAAUCCAAAAUCGGCGAAACCCACGCUGUCACCUGUCAGAGAUAUCCAUGAAAACUCUACUAGCUUAUCGGUCCAAACCUCCACUGUCGGUUCUUCCUCUUCUGUCGCUCCUAACGGGGAAAUUGAAUCGUAUUCCACCUCGGCUUCCUCAUUUCUGAGUUUGUAUUACGAGUUCUUUCAUGCGGCCCAUCCAUGCGCCUUGCCUUUUCAAUUUUUUAAGACUCGUCUCAACGAGGCGAAAAUCCAGCCUCUCCUUCGAGUGAUGUGUUAUAUCGGAUCUAUUUUCGAUAUUUCCUGUCCAUCGCAGUUAUUAGAAUCAUGCGCCCAACGUGCUCAGGACUCAGUAGUCGGAAUCCGGUCAUCAAUCCAGCCUCUUACACCAUUUGAUGUUCAAGCUCUCUUGCUUUACUCUAUCGCUGUCUACUGGUGCAAUGAACCGGAAAGUGGCGUUGAGCUCCUUGAGGAAACAAUUCGCACGGCGGUAGCCCUUGGGAUGAACAAAACAGAAUUCGCUGAAAACUACGCAGAAGGCGACUCUGUACUAGAGGAAAGUUGGCGCCGCACUUGGUGGGUGAUUUAUAUAACCGAUGCCCACAUUGCUGGAUCUACCCAUACAUACCCGUUCCGAACAAACGGUAUUGAAAUCUCUACCGACCUUCCUUGUGAAGAAGAACAGUAUGAAAAAGGGGCCAUCCCAUCCCCACGCUCCGUAGAAGAUUAUGAGAACAGGGAAUUCCUCGGCGAAGAUGAAACUGAUUUUUCCUCCUAUGCGGAACUUAUUGGCUUGACCUACGGAAUUGAUCGGGCCUUAUCCCCAGGCAACAAUGCAGAUGAUCGAAUAUACACUACAAUGGCUGCUAGCGCUGACACUAGUGUUCGAGCGUGGUGCUCUCUUCUUUCUCCAAAAAAAAGACAAUUAAUUCGUCCCGAUGGAUCAUUUGAUGAGGUGAUGUUCAAAGCAUUCUUCAUCAUGCACACAUACACCGUUGAAAUUCAUCGACCGCUGUCAGCAUUGACUCAUAGCGCAGUCGAAUCCGUAUCACGCUGUGCUCCAUUGGCCCCGUCAGAAAAACUGAAAUGCAACAACGCGAAGGAACGCGACCUGCAUACUGUCAAAUGUACCCAGGCUAUCAACAGUAUUGAUGAACUGUUGACUCUACCAACUGAUAUGAAGAACCACUCUCCUUUCAUCAUUUGCAUGAUUGCAAAUGUGACCAUUGCACAUCUGUCGGCUUGCAGGUUUAUCUUUUCUGGGCACCGGCGAGCGAAGAGCCGGGAGAAGAUUCGGUUGACUAUGGGUACUUUGAAGCGCCUAAGUGAGCAUUGGACGCUAGGCAAACGGACCUAUCGUGAGAUUGGAAUUAUCGCCCGAGAAUUGUUAUCCCUCGCAAAAGACCCCCCCGUUAGUUUGGUCGCCAUUGACUUACCGCUUCCGGAUCCAACUUCACCUGACUUCGCGGCAUUGGACAUGUUACCUGACGCCGACUUUGACUUCUGUGCCUUUUUUGAUGCGGAUGCACCCAGUCUAACUGAAACGGGUUCCUUUAAUUUGCAGUAG